AUUGAUUUUUAAAGAAAUAAACUUGAUUGCUUGUCCAGAAAAUUUUGAUGGACCUUAUUUAACAGCUGUUGUAGAUAAAAGCAUGUUUGGAGUACCAUCAUUUGAAAAUAUUUUAAGAGAAGUUGGAGUGUCCAUUGUUCAUUUGAAGGAUACGACACUUGCUACAGUGCAAGAAUGUCUUCAAUAUACUUGUACAGCAAAAUUGUCCCUUUCAUGGAAUAUUUUAGGAGAUAUGUUAGUUCAAGGUGCCGAAUUUUUAACCUCCAAUGAACCCAUGAAAGCAGUUAAAAUGGAGAUAUUUGUUGGAGCUGGGGAAAUAAGUCUUUGUCUUCAUCCUAUGUGUAUCAGAAUACCACCUUUAAAAAUGGAACACCUUGUUAAUACAGAUACACUUGCUAAUGCAAGAUUUAUAAAACUUGAUGCAACUUGUCAUGUAUUACCAAGCCUCAAACAAGCGAAAAUUGUAUCAGCCACAAGAUAUAUUGGUGGAAAAAACAUAUUCAAAAAUUACAGUGAACUACAAAAACAUUGGAGACGCAUGUACGGUUAUCUUCUGCCAGAAGUAAAAGAAAACAUUUGGUAUCUUAAUGUUUGCUUCAGAGCUCAGAAUUCUACAAGUUAUACAUAUCCCGAGUUUUGUGUCAAACCGUAUGAUGCAAUUCAAGUACCUAGAGUUGAUCCACGUUCUUCCCUGGUUUGUUUCGUAAAAGAUUUUUGUAAAAAUAUUGGAAAUAUUUGUGGAGAAAAAUGCAAAAUUAUUGAAUGUAAAGCUUCCUUUCCUUCCCUUGAUAUGUAUCCAGCUAUCGCUAUAAGAGAGGACAUGAAACCCAGACCUGGAACUACUUUUGCAAUGAACUCAACUACUUCUUACCGAAAAAGUGAAAAAAUAAAUGCUUCUUCAACUUCAGCACAAAAUCCUUCAGUGCUUCAAAAAAGCCAAAAUGAUCAUUGUUAUAAAAAAGAUUUAGCCGCCAUUCAAAAUGAUCAAAAGAAAACAAACAUUUCCAUUUCUAAAUUGUGCCAACCCGGAGAAAAUAAUUCAAACAAAUAUCACGAGAAUUCUAAAGAAAAGCAAAUUGAUGAGAAAAAAGCUUUUAUUAAUUGCAAUGAUAAAAGUUCAUCAAAUUCCGAAGCGUCUUCAAAAUAUGCACCAAAUUUUUCACGAAAAACUCCUGAGAAGAAGUUAUUGCAAAUGAAGCUAACAGAAUGUUUAAAUGAAGAAAAGAAAUUUGCACCAACAUUUUUUCCAAUUAAGAAAAAAACCUACCAUGCAUUUUUAAACAAUGAAAAGGAUGGGAGUAUUAAAAAAUCUAAAUCGAUGAAAAGUGGUAUCAAUAAAAAUGACGUAUUGUCUUCGAAGAAAACUAAGAAAACUUCUGAAAAAAUAAAACAAAAAGGAAGGAAAUGAUUUCAUUCAAUAAACUAUGAUUUUUAAUCGAUCAAAACAAGAUAGACAAUUACUUUACUAUAUGCUACCAUUCAUGCUUUAUAUAGAUAGAUUAAAACCCACUGACGGUUCUGCACGUAAAAAGUCGCAUUUUAACCUGCAGUCUUCUCUGCAUAGCAAAACCGGUUUUCCCAUGUUAACUGAUAGGGGAACUGUGUGUAGGGGAGAAACAUUCUCCCAAUUUUGCCCAUUUCCUUAACCGCCAGUGGGUUGGAAACGUCUAUGGAAGUUAGGAAAUAUUACUAAUACUUACGUAUGUCGCAUAGAUUUAAUUUGAAAUUUUAAAUGUCUUUUGUUGAAUGAUGAACGUUGUUUCGUCAUAUAUUUCUUGCAUUUAAUUAAAAAGACUGAUAAUAAGAAAAAGUUUAAUUUAAUUAUUGCAUAUUACAAAAUGUUUCAAUCGCAAUUCUCUCGCAAUUUACAUUUUAUUAGAUACUUCAUCUUUUCAAACGUAUUCAUCCACUUAAUUUAAUUAACAUAUUUUUCUAUUUUACAAAUAUCCUUUACAAAGAAUCAUAACUUACCUGUAUACUGUAGUUUGAAUCUUAAAAUAUAAAGAAAAAUACCACACAGAUUUGUCAUUAGACAUGUUUGGAGCUUAUUUGGAAAUAUGAUUAUUACUGAAGGUUCACAAAUAUUAAAAUAAAAAUUCUAUAAAAAUCAUUUAUUGUAAUAAACAUUACAUAUUUGAAAAGUGAAUCGGUAUUUUUCUGGAGAAUUGCCUACAUUGCUCUAUAAUACUCAUCAAAUGCGAAAUAUAAUUGUUAUUUCAUUGCCUAUACACCCUUAUUUUUAUAUUUAUUAAAUCUAUCCAUAAUUUUAUUAAUUUUUAAAAAUAUAAAUAUUAGUAUCAUUUUUGUAGUGUACGUUACACUCACGAAACAACGCUGAAACAACUGGAAAAAAAAAUCCAUUU